AUCAGCCAACCAACCAACCACUUGUACAUAUCGUAACCAACCGAAAGCCAUGCUCUCUAUUCGGCGGCGAUAGCAUAAAUAGAAACAUAAUGCCCUCAUUCUUCGCUUUCCAACAAGGCUCCUCCGAUUCCCGCUCACUUCCGCCGUCGGAGACCGAGUCCUUACGAUUUGGCCGUUUCAGGGCUAUACCUCUCCACCUACAGCAGCAGAGAAGGAGUGUGAGUGGUUUAUUCACGGCGCCACCAGAGUAUUCAACGCUGACAAGGCCGCUGCUAUCGGGCGCUGGUGGUGGUUACGGUAGUAAUGGUGGUGGUUAUGGCGCUAUUAAUAUUUCACGAAAUGGAAAUGCGGUGAGGAAUGUUGGUGAUGACAAUGAUGAGGAGGAGGACGAGGUAGAUGAGCGCUGGUGGCUGGAUAGGGUGCUAAUUAGCCCCAGGAAAAAGACUGUGGUUUGGAUGAUGGAGAUAUGGUAUCGGCGGUUGGGGGUGUUGGUGGUUUUACCGGCUGGGAUAACGAUAGUUUGGUGCGGUAUUCCAUUCCCAAAGUACCCGCUCAGUGUGCCGCCCGCGAUACUAGUAGAUGUGCCCCCCUCGUCAGCGCAAGUUCACAUGGAGUCUCACGGCAAGAACUUACUCAGGAUUCUUUGGACCGCUGUUCACAACCUCCUUGAUAUAUCCGUGAUCCGCAACCUAAUAUCUUCCUCCCUACACCCACUCGCCUCCCGUGGCCGCAACGAUGGAGAGGUAAACCAACAAGUCAGUGGACCAGGCCACGGGGAAGCGGUAGUCUGUAUAAACUUCUGGUUCUUCCUCCUGUGGUACUAUGCAUUCUACAACUUCGUCGGGCUCUUAUGGAUCACAAAGUUGUUCAACCUCUAUUCCGUCAAUUGGUGGCCUAGCAGACUCGGCUUUCCCCCGGCGUUCACCCUCUUCAACCUCCUCCCUCUCUUCCUCUCCCUCCCAAUAUACUACCUCUUCCCGCCGCCACUGCUGAACAACAACCUAACCUGGAUCCUCCUAACCUUCACAACAAUGUCCGGCCCGGUCCUGAUCUCUUUUCUAGUCCUCCUCUCGGAACGCCGCUCCGCGCUGCGCACACAUACGAUGCGAAACCCCUUCCACACCACCUUCUCCUCACUGCGCUGGUACAGGCGCCAACGCUGGGGCUUAACCCGCUCCUUCACCCGUUUUAUCUGGUUCUGUAGUGCAUUAAUUCUCUCGUUGAUAGCCUUUGUCCUCGGCGAGGCCUACGCAGAGGUCUACCUACGCACACUCCCACACACAUCGCUGGAAACCGUGAUAUACGUCUGGAGCUGGAUCGCGACGAUCCACCUACUUGAUGCUACGACCGGGUGGAUUCUGGGUACGAAGGUGGGCAGCUACCCCCUCGGUUGGGUCUUUAAGCUAUACUUUGCGACAACGUACCAGACAUACGUACGUGCGCUAUACGCGAGGCUGCGCUCACCGAGCCAAUUCGCGUACUUGCAGUUGCUAUCGUCGAGUAUUGUCAUCGUUUACCACCCGCUCUCUAUGACCCCGCUGUUCCACAAAGCCUAUACACGCCUGGGCUUAACAGAUCAGACCUACCGCGAAUACCAGAAAUACCUCGGUCGGGGUUUCUUCGUGCGUGGGCUUGCCGAGAAUGUCACGAUGGUGGCGUGGCUGGGCUGGGUGCUUGCCUUGCAUUAUGGGUGGAAUAGGGAGGUGUACCCAUACUUUUCCUUCGAUGAGUUCAACUUCAAGCUCACCUUUUACGCCUCUGUCAUGACGUGGGCGUGUGAGGUUAUCGCCGGAUGGUGCGUUAGGGGGAUUGUGCGGCGAGGGUUUGGGUUCGAGGUUAUGGGCGAGGGGGUUAAGGAUUUGGUUGGGUUCGAUGGGCUAUUGCCGGCCGUGCUGGCGGUUCAGGUGCAUGUUUUGCAGAAUAUGCUGGUUAGUAUUGCGCGGUUGAGGUUUUAG